AUUUACUCAAAUAAUAACAACAGUAGCAAUAUUUCUUUUAUUCAGUGGUAUUUUUUUGCAGUUUUUCCUCGACUCAUCCAGUGUCGUGUGAUUAGCACAUUUUAAGUGAUCGGUAGAGCAUAAAGUCUCGGAUUAAUCAAGUUUCCAGUAAAGUGAAGGUUUUCAUUCACCGAGAAAUGGCCACCGUUUAUUUUGUAUGGGUGUUAUGCGCGCUCGUGCUGGAAGCGGUAAACGCAGACUUCAAAGUAAACGAUCACGAAAUGUGGCUCCACCUUGGAAAUAAAAGUGCAUUCAACUUGUCUUUAACACGACCAUUGCCCAUAAACGUCAAUGUGACGUUUGACAUUCAACACAAGGACUUAGUAAGAACGAAUCCAACCACGUUGAAUGUAAUGGCUAAUCAAGAUGUUUUGUUGUGGGAAGUUGAAGUAUAUGCACUUAAUCCUGGACACUCGGUUAUUGGAGUAAAUGUCACUCCCGCUAAUGUGACUAAUUUCGUAGACGCAUUUGUGAGAGUCACGAUAAGAAGAUCAGAUAUUCUCUACCACAUAAGUAGUGUUGUUGGUUGGAUUUAUUUCUUAGCAUGGAGCGUCAGUUUCUACCCCCAAAUCUACAGCAAUUACAGAAGAAAAAGUGUCGUUGGAUUGAAUUUCGAUUUUUUAUCGUUGAAUUUGCUGGGGUUCGUCAUGUACUCACUCUUUAACUGUGGACUAUUUUGGAUACCGGAAAUUUGGCUCGAAUAUUUACAACGCUAUCCUAGGGGUGUUAUUCCAGUUCAAAUUAAUGACGUAUUCUUCUCCCUCCAUGCUGUGCUUGCAACUGUAAUUACCAUCAGCCAGUGUUUUAUGUAUGAGAUUGGAGGGCAACGCAUAUCGACAACAGCACGAAUAAUUCACUCAAUUUCCGCAGGCCUGCUACUUGUAUCAAUAAUUCUCUCGUUUGUUAAUGUUAUUGCGUGGCUCGACUUCCUGUACAUCUGCGGUUACAUUAAACUAGCAAUAACGUUGAUAAAAUAUGUGCCACAGGCGUAUUUUAAUUACCAAAGAAAGUCAACAGUUGGAUGGAGCAUUGGCAAUAUAUUCUUAGAUUUCACCGGAGGCAUACUAUCCAUGUUGCAGAUGAUUUUGAAUGCAUACAAUUACGAUGAUUGGCAUAGUAUUUUCGGAGACCCAACAAAAUUCGGCCUCGGUUUCUUCUCAGUCGCAUUCGAUAUAUUUUUCAUCGUUCAACAUUAUGUAUUAUACAGGAAUCAAGAAUACAUGGAUAUUGCCGAUGGGUGUCAAGAGGAACGCGCGACCGAGGAUUCAUCUAAGCGGCUAGACGUUUAAUUGUGGUGAUUACCAAGUGCUAUUAAAAGCUAUUAUAAGUAGCGCAAAAAAUUCCAUGACCUCAAUAUGUCCAAUUAAAUAGAUUAGUUCAAUUAUUAGAUCACGGACAUAUUUGUGACAAAGUGAAGCAAUGGAUUGUUUAUACUCAUAUUUUUAUUGUGAAUGAAUGUGAUAAGCCGUUCAGUAUACUUAGCAGGAUACUUGCCCCGAGAAGUGGAUGAAUGUAAUUUCAAGGGGCAUCGGAGCAAUGGAAAACAUUUCUAUUGUCAAUCAUUCUACUCAGUUUCAUUAUAAUCUGGUCAUUCUACAACCAUCACACGUGUGAGGCUCGUUACAUUCCAUUUAUUCAUUCAGAAGUUAAUAACCAUUGAUGAACGCUUUUCAGCAUUAUGCUAUCUUCAUUCCACUAUUGAGUUUCAAUGAUUCUAAGAAUAAAUUUUUAAAAAACAAGCGCUUAUCAAAUGAGGAAUGUGAGACAAAUAUGGAUUGCUGAUUUUCGAAAUUGUUUUUUUCUUGUAUAUAUAUUUCUCUAGGUUUUUCCGAGGCUUACUAUUAUUAAUAUGCUACUUAAUAAAUUACUAUGCGGUUUUCUUCAUGUUGCACUUCAUCCAGAAAGCAUCAAAGCGAUCUUUUUGGGGCAUAACUUAUGGUUAUGAUUUACUUAUGGUGAUCAAUUUUUCCAGCUUAUCAUGAAAAAAAUUGAGGAAAAAUUUCACGAAAUAUAUGCUGUGAUGUAACGGUGAUAGGUGCGAUACGCAUCAUAUUCUAGUUGAAUCAAGAGGCUAUCGAUAUAAUUUUUUAAAGCUACGAGUCAGUUCAUUCUCAUAGAAUUUCUUGAACUGAUUCGUAAAAAAAAUAAUUUUUGAUAAAAUAUCAAUAUUUCACACUAAGAAUAAUUCAACUUCAAUUGGUAUUGACCAAUAAAUCCUAUUAAUAUCAGUAUUCCUGAAAAAUUCAUGAAUAUAAGCUUUUUAGAUUGUGUUUUAAUUCGCUUGUCGCGAACCGUAAAAAAAUCAAUUUGUAAUUAUUACAAAAUUCCCAUUCGAAAGAAAAAAUUAAAUGGAUGAGUACAUUC